GACGGUACAUCAUCAGAAAUUCCUUGCAUCCCACUGUCCCGGCGUAGCCCAUUUCUGGAUGGUUUGCAUAUGCCUCGUACUAGCUGUAGUAUAUAUUUCUGCUGUAACUGCCUAGAAGGCGGCUGCGCCAUCGACCAUCGAUCCUCUUCACUUCAAGCGCUGUUGUGGGUCACUCCUCUUGCACUAUAGUCACUGUAGCAUGUUCCUGGUGAAGAGAAAUAUGAGAAAGCUAUGAAACAUGUUGUGAUGCCUCCAUCAAUUGCUAUCACCCUCCAUGGACUCCUUUCAACCGUUUGGAGAUUCUCUGCUUCGAACCCCAUCUUCGCAGCCCAGACGGGCCCAAGCGCCACGGGCCGUUUGCCAUCCGUGCCGUCGGUCAUCACCGGUGGAAUGGUGGCACUGAGACAAAAACAGAAUGAUGGGAAGUUUUUCCAGACGACCAAAAGGGGAGAAAUUCAGGAGCUAAAGGAAGAACUCCAUGCCAAUGACAAACAAAAGCAGAAGGAUGCAGUGAAGAAGGUCAUCGCCAACAUGACCGUGGGGAAGGACGUCUCAGCGCUCUUCGCCGAUGUGGUGAAUUGCAUCCAGACGGACAAUGUGGAGCUCAAGAAGCUGGUGUACUUGUAUGUGAUGAACUACGCCAAGGCACAGCCGGAGCUCGCCAUCCUGGCCAUCAACACCUUCCGGAAGGACGCCACGGACCCCAACCCCUUGAUCCGAUCGUUGGCGGUGCGGACCAUGGGCUGCAUCCGCUUGGAUCAGGUCACGGAGUACCUCUUAGAGCCGUUGCGAAGGUGCUGCCAGGACCAUGAUCCCUACGUCCGAAAGACCUCGGCCAUUUGCAUCCCCAAGGUCUAUGAUAUCAAUCCAGAGCUUGUGGAUGAUCAAGGCUUCAUCGAGAUCCUCAAGGACUUGCUGGGUGACGGGAACCCCAUGGUGGUGGCGAAUGCAGUCGCUGGGCUGGCGGAGAUCUCCCAGACUUGUGGCCGUGAUUUGCUGGAGUUGGACAAAGGUAACAUUCCAAAACUCCUGGCCGCCUUGAACGAGUGUAACGAGUGGGGACAGGUCUUCAUUUUGGACGCCUUGGCCACCUACGAGCCCAGCGGCGCCAACGACGCGGAGUCCAUCACCGAACGGGUCACUGCCCGGCUGAGUCACGCCAAUCCUGCGGUGGUGUUGACCGCCAUCAAGGUGAUCCUGAAGUGUAUGGAACACACGGAAAAUCCGGAGGUUCUGCGGAUGCUGGCGAAGAAGCUGAACCCACCCUUGGUGACCCUGCUGAGUAGCGAACCGGAGGUUCAAUAUGUGGCCCUGCGGAACAUCCGCCUCAUCGUGCAGAAGCGGCCCGGAAUCUUGGCCUCCGAUGUGAAGAUGUUCUUCUGCAAGUACAACGAUCCCAUUUAUGUGAAGCUGGAGAAGGUAGACAUCAUGUGCAUGCUGGUGAGCGAUCGGAAUUUCGACCAGGUCCUGUUGGAGCUGAAAGAGUAUGCCUCUGGCGUGGACGUGGAGUUUGUGCGCAAGUCUGUGCGCUCGAUUGGGCGCGUGGCGGUGAAGCUGGAACGAGCUUGCGAACGGGCGAUGAACGUCCUUUUGGAGCUCAUUGAGACGAAGGUGAAUUACGUCGUGCAGGAGUCAUGCGUCGUGGUGAAGGACAUCUUCCGGAAAUACCCCUCUCGCUACGAGCAGGUGCUGAGCGCUUUGUGUGAGUCCAUGGAAGCGUUGGACGAGCCGGAGGCGAAGGCCUCGAUGAUUUGGAUCCUCGGGGAGUAUGCAGGCCGGAUCGACAACGCGGACGAGCUUUUGGAAUCCUUCCUGGAUACCUUCCACGAUGAGCCACUCAUGGUGCAGAUGCAGCUCCUUACUGCCAUCGUGAAGCUCUUUCUUCAGAAGCCAUCCAGCACGCAAGACAUGGUCUCCAAGGUCCUGCAGUGCGCCACGGAGGAGUCCACGAACCACGACUUGCGGGACAGAGGAUACAUCUAUUGGCGCCUACUGGCCACCAACCCGGAGGCCACCAAACGUGUGGUGCUGGGGGACAAGCCGUCCAUUCGCGAUGAUUCGCAGUACAUCGACAAGAAUCUGCUGGAAAGGCUCUCUAGCGAGCUCUCCCUCAUGAGCAGCGUCUACCACAAGUAUGCGGACGAGUUUGUGACCCGGCUCACCUUGACCGGAGCCGGGGAGGAUAAGGCCGCCGCGGAGGACGACUUGGAUGAGGAAGAUCGCCAGGCCUCGCGCCGGGCUGCGCAGGAGGAGCUGGAGCGGGGGCCUGGCGUGCGGAAUGGCGCGGACGUUGGGGGCGGCUUGGACUUGCUGGAUCUUGGCGGUGUCGGUGAUGACAGCCCUUCCCGAGCUUCAGCGUCAGCGCAGAAGGUCCAAGUGCUUCCAGCCACACAAGCAGGGCAGCACGGUCAGCAGGGCUUUGCGGUCUCUGCAGCCUUUGUACGGCAACGCGGAACUGCCAACUUGUUGAUGACUUUCAGCAACCAGAGCUCAGGACCUUUGAGUGGCUUUGCCAUCCAAGUGAACAAGAACUCCUUCGGCUUCGCGCCCAAAGAGGCCUUGGUGUGUCCUGACAUCCUUCCGGGUUCCUCUGCUGAUGUUUGCGUGCCCAUGGCCGCUGGACAGUUGCCCAGCAAUACACCGCCCGCGUCUCCUUUGCUCCUGCAGGUGGCCAUCAAAACAUCACUUGACAUCUUCUACUUCCAUGUGCAGUUUGACCUCUCCACGGUCUUGCUGGAGGAUGCCGCUCUAAGUCGUGAUGAAUUCACACCCAUUUGGCAGCGGGUCGGGGAAGGAGGUCAGAAGGUCACCAUGAUCAACCUGGACCGACCCUUAGAUGCCGAGACCCUGAAGGGCCGCCUACAGGCUGAGAACAUUUGCUACGUGGCCCAGCGACAGCUGGAUGAUGGCUCCGUGCUGCUGUACACCUCAGCGCAGACGGUGAACAACUGCAGCGUGCUCUCGGAGGUCACUGUGAGCGGCGCGAGUCGCCAGGUGAAGGUGGCCAUUCGAACCGAAGCAGCCGUGCUGAUCCCACUGUACGAGGCGAUGCUCAGCAAAAAAUUGGCUGGCUAAGAACCUUCCUUCGGCCAGCAACGACUGAUGAACAGCGACGGUCGAUAUCAGGAGAAAAGAGUCCCGUCCCAUUCAGUGGCAGAA